AUGUGCAAACAGAGAGGAGACCCUGAGAUCCCUCAGCUCUCUAAGGAUGGAGACAUCAUGUUAGGAGGAAUCUUCUACUUUCACAGCAGCUGGAAGAACAGAGAGAACACUUACACACAAAAACCUCUGCCACUGGAAUGCAUUGGUUUAAAUUUCAGAGAGUUCCAGUUUGUUCAAGCCAUGCGUUUUGCCAUUGAGGAAAUCAAUAACAGAUCAGACCUACUUCCAGGAAUUUCUCUUGGAUAUAAUAUUUAUGACACUUGUAGUUCCAAUGCCAGAAGCAUUCAAGUUGCACUUGCAUUGAACAAUGGUAAUGAAAAUAUGCGUCCAGGUUCUGAGGAGUCAUGUACCAGACGUGCACAAGUGCAGGCUUUAGUGGGAGAAGGAUCGUCUUCUCCGUGUACAGCAAUAGCUUCUGUUCUUGGACCAUUUCACAUCCCAUUGAUCAGCCACUUUGCUACAUGUGCCUGUCUCAGUGACAAAUCAAAGUACCCAUCAUUUCUCAGAACCAUACCCAGUGACUACUAUCAGAGCAGAGCUCUGGCUCAUUUGGUCAAACACUUUGGUUGGACCUGGGUUGGAGCUGUUAGUGCCAAUGAUGAUUAUGGCAACAACGGCAUGGCAACAUUUACAGAAACUGCAGAGCAGCUGGGCAUCUGUCUGGAAUAUACUGUUUCUUUCUUUAGAACAGAUUCAUCAGAAAAACUCGAAAAGAUAAUGGACAUUAUCAAGACUUCAACUUCAAAGGUUAUUAUUGCUUUUCUCUCUCUUCGGGAAAUGGAGAUGUUUGUACAUAAAUUGUCCAACCACAACCUGACAGGGUUUCAGUGGGUCGGCAGUGAGUCGUGGAUCUUUGAUUCUCAAAUUGCAGCAAUGGAUACAAGUCACAUCCUGGACGGAGCUAUAGGACUUUCCAUCCCUAAAGCACAUGUCAGUGGUCUGAAAGAGUUCAUGUUUAAUGUGAAGCCACUGAAUUCAACAAACAAUAACUUGUUUACUGAGUUCUAUGAAGCAUUAUUCAGCUGUAGGUUCAGACAGUCACAAUCAGAGGAGAUUCAGAGAGAAUGUACUGGACUUGAGGAUCUGCCUGGAGUGGAAAACAGCUUCACUGACAUGUCCCUCAUGCCCAUUUUCAACAAUAUUUACAAAGGGGUGUAUGCUGUGGCCCAUGCUGUGCACAAGAUUUUCCAAUGUAAAAUAGCAUGCAACAACAGUGUGCCUCUGGAUCCAUUAAUGAUCUUGCAGUGCAUUCGAAACAUUCAUUUCAAGACCAAAGAAGGAGAGGAGGUUUACUUUAAUGAAAAUGGAGAUCCAGCAGCACAAUAUGAAAUUAUAAACUGGCAGCCUAAAGAAAACGGCAUUUUAAACUUUGUUACGGUUGGUCUUUAUGAUGCAUCGUUACCUGCAAACAAACAGUUAAACCUGUCAAAUAACUCGUUCAUUUGGGCAAUGAACUCAAAGCAGGUUCCUGUGUCAGUCUGCAGUGAGAAGUGUCCUCCAGGAACACGAAAAGUUCUCCAGAAGGGAAAACCUGUUUGCUGCUAUGACUGUAUACGAUGUGCAGAGGGAGAAAUGAGCAACACAACAGACUCUGUCACCUGUGUGAGAUGUCCUCUUGAAUCCUGGUCAAACAACAGAAGAGAUGCCUGUGUAACAAAGAAGGCAGAGUUUCUAUCACAUGAAGAAGUUAUGGGAAUACUCCUCACCACAGCCUCUUUAUUUGGAACAUGUCUGACUGCUGCUGUCGCUGUCAUUUUCUUCAGACACAGAAAAACUCCUCUUGUCAGAGCAAACAACUCUGAGUUGAGCUUCCUGCUGCUUUUCUCCUUGACUCUGUGUUUUCUCUGCUCUCUGACCUUCAUUGGACGUCCCUCUGAGUGGUCCUGUAUGCUCCGUCACACAGCUUUUGGCAUCACCUUCGUCCUCUGUAUCUCCUGCGUUUUGGGGAAAACAAUGGUGGUUUUGAUGGCCUUCAAAGCUACACUUCCAGGCACUAAUGUGAUGAAACUGUUUGGGCCUGUACAACAGAGACUCUGUGUUUUGGGUUUAACUAUUAUACAAGUGAUCAUUUGUAUCCUCUGGAUAACAAUUUCUCCUCCUUUCCCAUCCAAGAACUUUAAAGCAUUUAAAGAUAAAAUCAUCUUGGAGUGUGCUCUGGGCUCAGCUGUAGGCUUCUGGUCUGUGCUUGGGUACAUUGGACUUCUUGCCAUGUUGUGUAUAAUUUUUGCUUUUCUGGCUCGGAAACUGCCGGAUAAUUUCAACGAAGCUAAAUUUAUCACCUUCAGCAUGCUGAUAUUUUGUGCAGUCUGGAUCACUUUCAUCCCAGCGUAUGUCAGCUCUCCUGGGAAAUUUAGUGUUGCUGUAGAAAUCUUUGCCAUUCUUGCUUCUAGUUUUGGACUGCUGAUUUGUAUCUUUAUACCAAAAUGUUAUAUUAUGAUACUUAAACCAGAAAGAAACACAAAAAAGAAUAUGAUAGGAAAGUCAACAUCAAACUUAUUCUGA